AUGAGUUAGUUGGUACUCGAUUCAGUAUAUACUAAUACUUACAAUAAANAUUAUAUCGAGACGCGUUAUUUAGGAGAUUUCAAAAAUGAAUCAUGUCCCAUACUCUACACUGUCUCAGAUUAUAAGAAACCAUCUCAUGUUUGGACAUUACAAGAAGUCAAAUCAAUGGGUACCAAUGUCUCUCUGUUUAAAUUCAUUAACUAAGACUUUAAAGUGAAUCAAACUAUCUAAGGAGUCUAAUGGUUUGGGAGAUACUUCUAUAUUAAACCUUAUGGAAUUGGAAUAGAUUUCUAAGAGAGACCUUACACAGUUGUUUCAUGCUUAAGUGAAAUGAAUAUCAAAUACAGGUAUGAAUUAAUUGAGUAUUUCAAAUCAAAAGAUUGGACUAAACCUUUGCCAUAAAUGCCCCAAUUAUCAAACAUUUUAUAGUUUGUUAUUAAAAAGUAUAACGGCUAAAAAAACUUAAGCAAGUUCAUUCACACUGCUUCUCAUAAGAGAUUUGAAAUCACAGGACCCUAUGGUUUUGGAUUGGAAUUGGAUGAUCACAGUGCUGGAGUGCAUUAUGUAUUUUGUUAAGGUACUGGUGUUUUGCCAUUUUUGGAUCUAUGCGAUUAUCUUCUCAGAAAAGCCUUAUUUUCCAUUAUGUACCAGGAUGGGUUGCCAAUUCAAUAGCAAUAUAAUUCAUUGGACAAAUUUAAAUUGAUACUCUGUGUGUCUUCCAAGACUUAAAUUUUGGGAUACCCUAUAUUACAAGACUUGGAAUAUUUAAGUGGCUAAUACAAUCUAAAUUUAUUUGAGUUCCACAUAACAAAGUUGCAUUACACGAAAAGAGACAUACAAGAUAGAUUGAAAUAUUAGGCUGCAAAGGUUUAUGUGUGUGGAUUCCAAUAAUUUGAAGAUGAUCUAAUAGAAUUGCUCCAACAAUGUGGUGUAGACUCCAGAUAUAUAGUAUAAAUAUGA